AUGUGUCGUUACACACUGAUCACGCAAUUUGAUUGGUUAAACUCAUAUGAUCUUAUUCGAAGUCACAUGACGGGCGGAUAUACCGACACGUUGUGUAACCUGAGUCGCUUAAAACAUGAUUAA